UGUGAUAGUGACUCCAUUCCUAUAACACAUUUCUAGUCAAUUUAACUGACAAGUGUUAGACAACACUCCCUGGGAUCUCCCUUUUUUGCUUUUGGUUUUAUUUUGUAGUAAGUUAGCUAUAGGUUCUCACUUCCCAACCUAUGUUCUGCUUAUUAUUUCAGUUUCAUUUUGAUAGAUUCAACUUCAGAAUACCAAAAUACAGCACAACACAAUAAUGAAAGAAAUGAUUACUAUACUUGAAGGAAUCUGAUUUGUCUCCUCCUUUUUCUGUCACAUGGAUAAUGCAUACAGGAAGGCUGGUUUGCUUUCUCAGUUAAAUCAUACGGAACUCGAGAGCAGCGAGUGUCAGUCAGAACUGUGACUGAAACCAGAGACAAGUAUGAACAGCUCUCAUAGUGAUAAUGAUACGGUACUGGACGACUGGUCAUCUGCAGGGAACGCCGCUGCCUGUGUGAUCCUGGGCGUGUGCUUCCUGGUGGGUACACCUGGGAACCUGUUGGUGGUGUGGACCAUCUUGAAGCAUGUGAAACGGCGCUCUCACACGGUGCUGCUUAUCCUCCACCUUGCAGCCGCAGACCUUCUGGUGCUGAUCACCCUGCCGCUAUGGAUCUACUCGCUGGCUCGUUCCUGGGUGUUCGGAGAGGCCGUCUGCAAAGCCAUGGUGUACAUCAUCAAUGCCUGCAUGUACAGCAGCGUCUUCAUCAUCACCAUCAUGAGUGUGGAGCGCUUCCUGGCUGUCAGGUACCCUUUGAAGAUGCUGUAUUGGCAAAAUGGGACAUCCUUGUCCAGAAUACUGCCAGUGACCUGGAUCCUGUCAUUCAUUUUGGGGAUUCCUGUCAUCCUGACUCAGAGUCUAGAUGAUGAUGAUGAUGGAAUGAAACAGUGCUUGUACCGGAUCUACGACUCUGUGUCUUUUGAAGUCUUUUGUAUUUGUUUGGAGACUCUGAUUGGCUUCAUCAUUCCAUUUUUUACACUUGCGAUCUGUUACUGUCAAGUUGCCACACAGCUCCGCAAGGUGCGCUUUAAGACCAAGCAGAAGUCCAUCUUCCUCAUUGGCGGAGUGGUCGUGGCCUUCAUUUUUUGUUGGUUACCCCACCACGUCCUUAAUAUCAUAGAUAUGGUGGUUCUAGGACAAUCAGAUGAACUGUCUCCUGUUCCAAAUAGUGUUGUCUUCAUUUCUGGAGCUCUGGCUUUUAUCAGUAGCUCAGUGAAUCCUGUGCUGUAUAUGUUUGCUUCUAGAAACUUCCAUGGAAAUCUACAAAAGUCUGGGAUAGUAAAGCUGUUUCAAGACUUAGCAACAAUGAAAGAAGGCUUCUCUCAGGAUUCUGGACUGCAGGAUGGAAAGAUCUUGGAAGAUCCUAAUGGUGGUAAACAGAAGGAAUUCAUGGAUCUCUGAGUAACUGCUAGACUCAUUAGAAGUUUUUUUUUUUUUAAUGGUCAAAUUUAUUUAAAUACCAAUUCCCCCCAAUUUUUUUUUUUUUUUUUUGUGUGUGUGUAAAAGAAGUUUAAAUGUUUAUGGGUUAAAGACGAGAUGUCACCAUUUUGGUGUCCGCAUCAAAUUAAAUUUACAAAAGUCAUUUUAUAUACAUAAAAAACAUGUUAAAUGCAAUUAAAGUGUCUACUUUAAUAUUUCAAAUAACAUUUGUGAAAAUAAAAUGUUAAUAUAUGGGGAAAUAAUGUUCCAAAUUGUAAAAUUGUCAUUCAGUGUAAUGGUCCAGGCUUUGAUUUUGCCAUUACAUUUUUAAAUAAACAUAAAAUACCAAGUUUAAAAAUAUAUUUGUUUUCUUGGCAUUUUCAAAUAAAUGUUAGCUGUAAUAUAUUAAAAGUACUAUGUCUUAUUAUGUUUUUUUUUUAAGUAUUUAAAUAACCAGGAGUCUUCUAAAAAUUAUGGUAAAAAAUGUAUGAUAGUCAUUUUUUUUAUCAGAAAAAUAUAAAAAAUUAUGGUAAAAAAUGUAUGAUAGUCAUUUUUUUUAUCAGAAAAAUAUAAAAUUAACCAGGACACAUUCUAAUGUACAGGGGGAAAAAAAACAAAAUUUAAAGCUGUAUUGCACAUUUAUUUUUUUUAUGCUUGAAACCCCCGUUUUGUCUUUGACCCUUAAAUACUUAUUUGUAAUGGUCAAAGUUAUUUAAAUGCUAUAAUACUUACGUAAGACUUAAUAAAGAGGUGAAAACUACUGAAAAAGUA